AUGGACUUUAGAGAUUCUGAACAACACGAUUUGAGCUUGAAAAUUUUGCUUAUCGGCGACUCUGGAGCGGGGAAGACAUCUUUGCUGCUGCGCUCUUCGAAUAACAAAUUUGAGUCUUCCAUGAUUGCGACGAUCGGAAUCGACUUUAAAAUAAAAACAGUGGUGAUUGACGGGAAGAGAAUAAAGCUUCAGGUGUGGGAUACGGCUGGGGCAGAGCGAUUCAGGACAAUGACGCAGUCUUAUUACAGAGGUUCGAAUGGAAUAAUGUUAGUUUUCGACAUGACGAGCGAAAAGAGCUUCGAAAACGUUUCCUACUGGCUGGAAAGUAUCCAAACGCACGCGCCGGAAGACAUCACUGCCGCCCUCGUCGCGGCCAAAUGCGACUGUGAGGACCGAAGAGCGGUUUCAAAGCUGCGAGCACAGCGCUUCGCAGAUCAAAACAGAAUCAAGUAUUUUGAAACUUCUGCGCAGGAAGGAAUCAACGUCGAAAGCACUUUUCUCGAGCUUGCGAAAGAUAUUCUGAAAAAGGACACGCUGGAAUUGGAAAAGUCAGAAGGCGAAAACGUAGUCCUGGAUCUUCAACGACCUGUUGUCCCGCCGAGGACACGAAGAUGUUGCUAG